ACAUGUCACGCAGCAGGCUCGGAUAGCGGCUCGCUGAGUGAAGAAGAACCCCUCGGCUGAACACAACAACAAGUAAAACAACAACAACAACAAAUACAACAAACCAGAGACGAGUCCGUGCAGAAGACGGCUCUCAGGCUCUCAAACACGCCGUCGCGAUGAAGCGUGUGUUCUCUCUCACGGAGAGGAAUAACACUGGAGGUCCGUUGCUGUAUGGCUGGCAGAAGACGCUUGGAAAUUAUCUGGCCCUGUCUGGGUCAGAAAGUUCUGCCAAGAUUUAUGACCGGCAUGGCCAGAAGAUCGAUUUGAUCAACCUUCCCGGAAGGUGCUUGGGGUUUGACUGGGAUAAAGAUGGCGACACCCUUGCCUUGAUUGCAGAGAAGUCGAGCAGCAUUUACCUGUGGGAUGCUAAUACGCACAAAACCAGCCAGGUGGAUAGUGGCAUGAGGGACCAGAUGACAUUCUUGCGUUGGGGACGCUCCUCGGCCAUGCUGGCUGUUGGCACAGCCAAGGGAAACUUGCUCCUUUACAACCAUCAAACUUCACGCAAGAUACCCAUACUAGGUAAGCAUACAAAACGCAUAACAUGCGGUUGCUGGAGCGCCCAAGACCUUCUGGCGCUUGGCAGUGAAGACAAAUCCAUUACUGUCAGCAACCCAGAGGGUGACACUAUACGACAGGCCAGCAUCAGAGCAGACCCAAGCGAGAUGCUUUUUUCUGUGAUGAAAACUGACGAACGAAACAACUAUGGAGAGAAUACGGUGAGUCUUAUGGUAGGAAAGAAGACCCUGUUUCUUUUUAAUAUGAACGAUCCAGACAACCCAAUUGAACUCGCUUUCCAGCAGCGAUAUGGAAGCAUCGUCUCUUACCGCUGGUAUGGCGAUGGUUACAUCAUGAUUGGUUUCUCGCAAGGUUACUUUGUGGUGAUCUCCACGCACAUGCGAGAGAUUGGCCAGGAGCUCUUUCAGGCUCACAACCACAAGGACAGCCUCACCAGUAUUGCCAUCUCGCAAUCACUAGGCAAGGCGGCCUCCUGCGGAGACAACUGCAUCAAGAUUCAUGACCUUUCAGAGCUCAAAGAGAUGUAUGCCAUUAUUACCCUCGAUGAUGAAAUCAAAGGUCUGGACAAGCUGGCAUGGACAGACGACGGGCAGCUACUGGCCAUCUCCACCCUGCGUGGCUCGUUGCACGUGUUCCUUACCAAGCUGCCUGUGCUGGGGGACACAUUUUCGACGCGAAUUGCUUACCUCACCUCCCUGCUGGAGGUCACCAUUGCCAACUCAGUGGAAGGGGAGCCGCCCGUGACCGUUGCCAUUGACGUGGAGCCCAAUUUCAUCGCGGUGGGGCCCUAUCACCUGGCCGUGGGCAUGAACAACCGGGCAUGGGUGUAUGCGCUCAGCGAGUCUGGUGCAGUGGAGCGGCUCAAGGACCGUGAGUACCUGGGCACAGUCAGCAGCAUGCGUCUGAACGCUGACUACGCUGCCGCCCUGUUUGAGGGAAAGGUCCAACUGCACAUGAUUGAAGCACAGGGUCCUGAUGGCCAGGAAGAACGUGAGACACGGCUGUUUCCCAGCGGGGAUGAUCGAAGCCGUAUUACAUGUCACGCGCUGACCGCCGACUUCCUGAUCUACGCCACAGAUGCCGGUGGUAUAUUUUACUUUUUUCUGGAGGACUGGCAGUUUGUAAACGAGUACAAGCACAUGGUUGGUAUCCGCAAGCUCUUUCCAGACACCAGUGGAACUCAGUUGAUCAUCAUUGAUGACAAAAGUGAUGGCUACGUCUACAGCCCUGUCAAUGACUCCCUGUUUGAGAUCCCCAACCUAUCACCCACCAUCAAGGGCAUCCUAUGGGAAAAUUUUCCCCUGGACCGUGGAGUCUUUGUAGCUUAUGACGAUGACAAAAUAUACACGUAUGCCUACCACAAGGACACCAUCGCAGGUUCCAAAGUCAUCUUGGCCGGCGGUACCAAGUUGCCCUUCUCACAGAAGCCCCUGCUGCUCUACAACGGAGAGCUGACGUGUCAGACUGGCAGCGGAAAGACCAACAACCUCCUGCUGGGCUCGCACGCCUUCCUGAGCCCCAUGGUUGACAGGCCGCAGCCCGAGUGUGCCCGAUUGCUUACCCAGAGUCUCAUGCUGCGCAGGUUUAAGGAUGCGUGGACGAUAUGUGAGCAACUGUCAGAUUCGGCAGCUUGGAACGAGAUGGCUCGUGCCAGCUUGUAUCACAUGGAGGUGGAGUUUGCCAUCCGGGUGUACCGCAUACUGUCCAACGGUGGAAUGGUGCUAGCACUGGAGAAUAUCAAGGCAGUAGAGGAUCACAAUUUGCUGGCGGGACACCUAGCCAUGCUAAGCGAAGAUUUUAACCUCGCACAAGAUCUUUUCCUGUCCUCCAGCAACCCGGUGGCUGCGUUAGAGAUGCGUAGGGAUCUGCAGAAUUGGGACAGUGCCCUUCAGCUGGCCAAGCGUCUGGCCCCAAACCAGAUCCCCUUCAUUUCAAAGGAGUAUGCCAUGCAGCUGGAGUUCACCGGAGACUACGUGAAUGCUCUGGCACAUUAUGAGAAAGGAAUAGUUAACGACAAAAAUUACGCGGAGCACGAUGAGGCAUGCCGGGCAGGUGUGGCGCGAAUGGCUUUGCGCAUGGGAGACAUCCGACGUGGCGUCUCGCUAGCACUCAAACACUCGAGUCGCAUCCUCAAGAGGGACUGUGCUGCCAUCCUGGAGAGCAUGAAGCAAUUCUCAGAAGCUGCUCAGCUCUAUGAGAAGGGGCAAUACCAUGACAAGGCAGCAUCGGUCUACAUCCGCUCCAAAAACUGGGUCAAGGUGGGCGAGCUCUUGUCCCACGUUGCCUCUCCCAAAAUCCACCUACAGUAUGCCAAGGCCAAGGAGGCAGAUGGCAGGUACAAAGAGGCAGCACUGGCCUACGAGAAUGCCAAGGACUACGACGCCAUGAUCCGCGUGCUGCUCGACCACCUCAACAGCCCUGAGGAAGCCGUGCGUGUCGUGCGCGAGACCCAGUCCAUCGAGGGUGCCAAGAUGGUCGCAAGGUUCUUCCUGCGUCUGAGCGAUUAUGGUUCUGCAAUCCAGUUCCUGGUCAUGUCCAAGUGCAACAACGAGGCGUUCCAGCUGGCCCAGCAACACCAGCAGAUGGAGGUGUACGCCAACAUCAUUGGUGCGGAUGCCACUCCUGAGGACUACCAAAGCAUUGCAAUGCAUUUUGAGAAUGAGAAGAAACACUUUCUGGCUGGGAAGUUUUUUCUGUUGUGCCAGCAAUAUUCAAAGGCGCUGAAGCACUUUCUGCUUUGUCAGGGAGCAGAUAAUGGCCAAGCUAUUGACAUGGCCAUUGAAACGGUUGGCAGGGCCAAGGAUAUGAUGCUGACAAAUCAGCUCAUUGAUCAUCUCAUGGGAGAGACGGACGGGAUGCCAAAGGACGCCAAGUACCUAUUCCGGCUCUACAUGGCACUCAAGCAGUACCACGAGGCAGCACGCACAGCAAUCAUCAUCGCCCGCGAGGAACAGGCUGCUGGGAACUAUCGAAGCGCGCAUGACAUGCUGUUCAGCAUGUAUGUGGAGCUGAAAGCGCAGCAGAUCCGCGUCCCCGCCGAGAUGGCCACCAAUCUCAUGAUUCUGCACAGCUACGUGCUGGUUAAGAUGCAUGUGCGACGUGGCGACCACAUGAAGGGAGCCCGCAUGCUUAUCAGGGUGGCCAACAACAUCAGCAGGUUUCCAUCUCACAUUGUGCAGAUUUUGACGUCGACCGUGAUUGAGUGUCACCGCGCGGGCCUCAAGAACUCCUCCUUCAGCUACGCAGCCAUGCUCAUGCGGCCUGAGUACCGUGGAAAGAUUGACCCCAAGUACAAGAAGAAAAUUGAGGCCAUCGUCAGGAGGCCAGACACAUCAGAGGCAGAGGAACCAUCAAGCCGAUGCCCAUUCUGCAGCUUUGAGUUGCCUGAGUGUGAACUGGUGUGCCCCGAAUGCAAGAACACGCUGCCCUACUGCAUCGCCACGGGGCGUCACCUGGACAAGGAUGACUGGGGUAUCUGCCCCCACUGCAGUUUUCCAGCACUGUAUUCUGAAUUCAAGAGUUUACUUGAAAGUGAGAGCACCUGCCCAAUGUGUUCGGAAAAGGUUGGUGCGGAGCAGAUCAAGAAGAUAGAGGAUCCGAGUGGCUACCUGCGUCCCGAUGAUGUGGAGGAUUGAAUUUCUUGAUAAUUUUGAAAUGCCAAGCAAUUGUGAAGUGUAAUUAUUUGUUAAUAUCAGACACUGUCAUUUUACACGUGUGCAUUGUGAACACCUUAAAAUGUAAUUCAGUCGAGCUAUGUACAUUUAAUGCAAUGUGAUUUUUUUUAACGUGUACCUUACAAAAAAACCUUUAUAUUCAGACCAUGCAUAAUGAUUUGUAGUGUGCAAAUGUUGUACAAAAUAUAAUUAUUUUAAGCACUAUGACAUCUUUGCUCAUUUAUUGAUCUUCUCUUUGUUUCCAUAAGAACAUUUUCAUAUUCUCAAAAGGUAAGUUUCGUUUAUGUCCAUAAGCCAUAUGAAAGCCUACUGACAAGUAUUUUACAAGACAAUCUUGGAAUAACAGGGUAAAUGUAGGUGUAAGGCAAACAGUGCACACCCUUUUGUGUUAUAACAAAUGCCUCCACCAAUUCUGAAGACUCAAUUUCAGGAGGUUACUGCUAGGGACUUGUAGUGAUUGUCAAGUUUUCCUCGUGACUGCAUGAGACUAAUGUGAGUGGGGGGUAGAAGGAGAGUUAGUACGAGGCAAUUGUUCAGGUUCUGUCAUAACCUUAAUGGGGUAAAAUUGCUGUAUUCCCUUUACAAAAGUAAUUUUUCACACGGAGUGGGAAUUUAUUGUAUGUCAGACCCUGGAAGGACACAUGCUCCUGAAGUAGUGCCUUGUGAAGUAACUUUGAGCUCCUCAAGGUGGACUGGGAACUUGCUGUGUUGUCUCGUCUGAUUUGGGUCGGUCUUGUUUUGUCUCAUUGGCUUUAAUCUUUUUUGUAUUCUGUAUUGUAGUCUGUGCGGCCUCAUUCUGUGUCGUCUGUGCCGGUAUCCUCACUACUCAUGCUGUCUCAUGUUAUCUGUACGGUUUAAUUUGUAUUGUGUGUACUCCUGCACUCUCAUAUGUCUGUCUCCACUAUACUGUCUUUGUACUGCAUAGAAUU